GGCUGACGUGGCUCUCGUCUCUAAAUAUUGUAAUUUACUUAUUAUUUCAUAACUUGCGAAGCAGGAGCUUUUGGUGGAAACUUGGGCACGCGAGUGGAAAACUGAACACACGAGCAAAGGAAACAGCGUCGCUGCGAGCAAAUGAUAGCGAGAAGAAGGCAAGGAAAAAACAUCGCCGGCUUUUCCGACUUCCUUCCCCUCCACUGUCUCUCACUAGUUUUGUUUGUUUGUUAUUGUUUUCUUCUUCAAUUAAUAACCAUUAAUUGCUACGUUUUGCUCUGAAAGUGAAAACUUUGCCAGAGUUGCUUUAUUCUAAAUUGCCGCUGCCUCUAAAGCGAUCAGUGCAAAUUUUUCCACACAAAUCUGCUGGAUACAGUGUAUGUUACAGACGGGAAGAAAUAACGUUUCGCUCCACCUGUUUCUUAGCUUUGUUAUUCUAAGUGUUUCAUUAAAUGAUUAAUGACUGACAACUAUCCUUUCCUUUCAGCCUGCGUCCAACUGAACAAACAGUUCCUAGCUCUGCAAUUCACGGCCAGUCAGUUCGUUGUAUGUAUAGAAAGCCUAAAAGAAAGCCUAUAAGUGUCUGGUUAUCUAACGAGGGAAACCCGAUUCUUUUUCCUUGCUAGACAAUUUAAUGCUUUAAGACAGGCCAUCUGCACAUUUUAAUAUCGUUUUACGGUUUUACACUAUUUACCGUAUGUGACACAUUUUUUGGAAUACGUCAGCUUCGAUAUUAUUUCGGUGGCUUUUUAUAAUUAACUUCAGUGCGUGACGAAGUAAACAACUUGCACGAACACUGCACAGCGCAUAGUCUGGCUGCAUUUUGCAGAUUAAUGGCGAUGACAAACUUCACUAGAGAUGAAAACCACCAGCAAACAUUUCAACAAGUGUAUUGCUUGCAAGCUUCGACAGGAAACAUACACAACCAGCUGACGAUUUUUUCCGUGAUAAUCCUUCUCCUGUCCAUUACAGCAUUUCUUGGAAACGCUUUGAUCCUGGUCGCCCUUCGCAGGGAGUCGUCCCUUCAUCCGCCAUCGAAGGUCUUGUAUUGCAGCCUGGCAACAACUGAUUUCUUUGUUGGUCUUAUUUCAGAGCCUCUGUAUGCUACAUAUUUGAUUUCUGUGGUGACCAAACGGUGGAACAUUUGUCCCUAUGCAUUCACCUCAGCUUUCAUCGCAGGAUAUCUUUUGGGUUCAGUGUCGUUUUUGACAAUGACUGCUAUAAGCGUGGACAGACUUCUCGCCCUGUUAUUGAGACUCAGAUACAGACAAGUUGUAACAUUGAAAAGGAUGUAUGCGACUGUCGUUAUCAUUUGGGUUGUCUCCAUUGCCGCUGCAGCAAUGUACUUUUGGAAUUAUCUCAUCACGUUAUUGUACAGUUACAUAUUUAUACCCCUCUGCUUAGCGACCUCGAUAUUCUCUUACACAAAGAUCUAUUGUAAGCUCCGUUAUCUUCAAAACCCAAUUCAACCAGAGCAACCGAACCAAGCAGUUCCCGCGCCGAACGUAGCGCGAUACAGAAAAGCAGUGUCUAGUAGUCUUUGGAUACAGUCAACUUUAAUUAUUUGUUAUUUACCAUUUGUUUUGGAUGGCAUCGUAGGACGACUGUUGUCGCCUCAAAAUGAAGUUUCCUCAUCGGAGCUCCUCGUUAAGGUCUAUACGAUCACUUUAGUUUACUUAAACUCGUCACUAAACCCGAUUCUUUACUGUUGGAAAAUUAGAGAACUUAGAGAAGCUGUGAAGGUUACAGUCAGACAAGUAGUUUGCUGUUUGUAGAAAUUAUAGUUACUUAUAUUUUAUUAAAGCUCUCUUAUAUUAAGAAUGGUCCUUUUUAGACUCCCAUCUUGAGAUAUAUAGAUAUAUUUGUGUUUUUUAUGGAAAGAGCAACGACAUUGCAAUUUGGAUGUAACAAAGAACUUGUUAAGUGCCAUUAAAGUGAAUUUCACAACCAUUUCAAAUUAACCUCAAAAUUAUCCUGAACAACUGAAUACAAAUGCCGUUAAACCUCUAUACCUGCCGGGGGAGUAUCUUUUACAUGAAUGCCGAUUUACAUGACAAAAAAUUUGGCACGGUUCGAUCCCAUAGAAAUGGUUUGCGUACGAAAAAUAGCAUCGUAGUUCUUCUAUUAAAAAAAACGGACUUAUAAUCCAUUCUUCUUGAGUUGAAAUUUGAGUUGAAUUUGAGUUGAAUAUGAACGAUAAAAACACACUAGUGGGACAGUCUGUCUUUUCAUGAGUUUUGGGAGGGGAGGGGAGGAGAGGUAUUUUAGAGGGGAUUAGUGGAGGAUUUACGGUACCCUAGCUCGAAAAUGGAAACACUUUUGGCAUCGUAAUUUUUCUGUAUAAUUCCAGCAAACUUGUCUCUGUUAAAGCUGAGGAACCAAAAGUAAUUGCUCGAGUGCUCUUUCAAGCUCUAAUCCGUCCCCAACCCCUCUAUUUUGUGAUCGCAAUUAGCAAAAGUAUUAACCGCGGAGGAUUUGAAAAAAGCCCGAACGCAAGCGGGUGGCCGCUCUCAAACGCUAGAACAAAAAUAACUCGCAGCAAAAAAUUAACGUCUAUGGACAGACUAUCAAGUUCGUGUUCCCGACCUGCAAGCAAGCUCUCUCUGGGGGAGGGUGAAAGUAAAGGUAGUUCUCCCUUCCCUCAUCCCCGCGGAAAGUUUCCCAGAAAAUAAUUUUAAAAAAAUAGUUGCAUUUAAUUAUAAAAAAACCCAAUAAAAUUCAGCCCUAACAAUAGCGAAUGAUAUAGAACUCUAACAGUAAGACCUGCAGGCUUAUCAAGUAUGAA